UAAGAGUGAGAAUAAAAUAAAAAAAAACAUCUCAGACAAGGAAAAAACUCAGCCAGAUGUAUUUUUUGCGGCAUAGAAAGAUUUGCAUUUAGCUGAAACAUGCCCCACUCAUCUGACUCAUCAUAGAGCGAACAUACGCAGGAAUGUACACCGAGGAAGGUGGCUUUACAAACUUUACAAGAAAUUGUGUUCAGGUAAAAACCAGGUUUCAGCAUGACUGUGGGCUUAAUCCGGAUAAACCCAGCAAACAUGAGACGGCCGCUAGACGAGUAAAGGGGCGUAUGUCGAUACCGCGUCGAUUGGUCCAGAACCAUAUCUGGUAUGUCUGCAUGACGUGCAAAUCUGAUUCGGUAUUUGCACGUCUGACUACGACCCCUCUUGGACGAAAGUGUGCAGUUACAUAUCUGAACGUCUGGAUAACAGAUUUAUCGGACGUCUAUAGACAUGCGAGACAGGUACAGGACCCGAUACUGAACGUAGUGAAGACGUCGAACAAUGACGUCAUAAAAAGACGUCAUAAAAACCUUCAUUCUGACUCCUCAGGAGACGUCUUUUCAACUUCCGACAAGAGGUUCAGAAUACGUAUCAUAUGCGUAUCUUAGGUGAGAGGAUGAAGGUACUCACUCGCGCAGCCUGAAGGUGGCAUCGACAUCUCACACAUCCUUUUUUCGUUUAGCUAUGUGUGUAUUUGCGGUUGAUAUAUUUCCCUACUUGUGGCUUUUUAUAGUCAGUAAUAUCGAAAUGCCUCAGCCUCAGCGCAUGACAUUCACCUGAACGUAUGCAGAAACGUAACUACCGGAGAACAGCACAAUGAAUGACAAUAUAUAAAAGUUAAAAAGGAGAACACAAAAUUUCCCGCGAUGACUCUGCACUACGUACAUUGCAUUGUAAUAUUUAUGAUUUGUAACAUUGUAGUAUUGGCGAUUUUAAUUUUAUCCGGCAAAACUCUAACUUUAAUUAUGACUUUAAUUAUGACGAGUAGCAGCAUUUCAAAAUCGGUAUCAGUGUUUUCAAAAAGGCCUUACAUCCUCGUUGAAUAACAGUAGGCUAUGUGAACUUGGGGAAUUAAUGGGCCCUACGUGAAGACAAAUGUUGUAUCAUUUGUUUUCGUUUCCAUAUUGCUUAUUUCAUUUGACUGGCAUCCCGUCCACCGUGUGAUGCAUUCUUGUGCUCUGUGCCCCAUUUUUUAAACCAUAUGGUCUUGAGUCACGUUGCAGUGUGAUUAACAGCUGAGCAUUAAGGUCAAACAGGACAAAAAAAAAGAAAUAACAUAAGUUUCCGUUCCAGCUGAGAAAAGGUAAAUUUAGCUUUAAGACUGAAAGCCAGACAUUAUAAACGCAUUGUCAUCGAGAGCACGUGAGAUCACAAUGACCUUAUUGUCUCUUCUGACACACAGUCACGGUACCUUUAAAAGACAGGAUAUUUAUAGACGCAAAAUUAAUAAUAAUAAUAAUAAUAAUGAAAACAGUUGUGUGAUACAGUAGGUUAAUAUAUAAAUAUAUUUAAAUUAAUUAUACUACUAUUUAUGAAACAGUUAUUUCAUUACAUAAAGUAGAUUCCAGUAAGGGACCCCGACUUAAACAAUAACAAAAGUUAACUGGAACUGCAUCUAGACCACCCACUACAAGUCUGACUGCACUAACAAGCCUGCACGUACGUUGUUAUUUUAACACUUUCUCUUCACACUACUUAAACAAAAAAUCCUCUCUCUCAUUAGAAACAACAGCCGACGAUACACACUCAUUAAAUGUCAGGAAGCUUGUAGGAAAGUCCCUUAAACCAACGCUAGCAAGCCUAAUUAACAUUUUAUAUGCACUCAGCAUUCAGUUAUCGUCGAGUGUGUCAUUAUUCCGUAAUCUUUCUAAGACGGGGUAACCGGACAAUGAGCACGUAAACUGUAACUCUUCCCCCUGCUGUAGGCGUCCAGUAAAAUGAAUGAAAGUAAGUUAAGGGACAGAAUUACGCAGUUUGCGCAAUGUCCAUUAACAGAAACUUUCUUCGAGGGUUUAUCAGGGGCUUUCAAAAUGAGCAAGAAGAUAUUACAAAAGUUACGAUAAAUAUCUGGCUGUGGCAUCGCAAGGGGUAGGAGCCCAAAUGUCGUCAUAGACCCUCCCCCCACCUUUAUGCCACCCACGGUCGAAAGCUGCCUACCAGGGAACACUGGUGCCCACCCAACGUACCUAAAUGCUAACCCAGGGUUACGGAUCCCAAGACCUCCCGUUAGCAACUCACGUAGUUGGAACUGUUCGAUCACGUGGUUCCAACUCGAUCGGCACGGUUGCUAACGUUAUUAGUGACUUUGCGUUUUGGGAAACGCACCUGCAUCCUACGGAGCCCUGGAAAGGACAAGAAGGGAAAAAAAUCAAUGGAUUGGAAAAAAAGAUGGACUUUCGCGAGAUCUCACAAUGUUUUUCCAUUAGUAUUAAUAACUGUACUGCUUAAAGUACAAAAGAUAAAAUUAAUGAACUAAUAAGUAUAAACCUAAACGAUAUAGACAUAUCCAAUAAAGUGUGGGACUAUUAUGCAUAUUUAUCGAUAAUAGCGCUGUGUCCAUUCACCACCAGUGACUGUAAGCAAGACAGCUGGCAAGUGCGCACACAGACAUUGAAAUUAAAAUUCACCCUUAAAGAAAUCUGAAAAACCAAUGGGUGUUUCUUGCUUUUGCUGUUAGAUAUUACAGGCGGAAAACUGAAUAUAAAACUAACUUUACCGUACUAAAUUUACCACAUACAUCAUCAAGAGAGAAUACCAGGGAGCUAAACCCGAAAUUGGCUUCGGGUUUAAACCGUAACUAUAUGACACCAUGGUAUGGCCAAACUGACCUGCAGAUUGGGUUGUUUACUGUUUAAAUCCAUUAUACUCAGAGUGUAGUUGUUAUUGUUUUAUAAUUUAAAGGAAACUAGAUAUCUUAACCAUCGCUGCUUAAAUCAAAGGUCAUCAGUCUUUUAAAAUACAUCAGAGCAAUUUUAAAUUUCCAUCUACCCUCAACGAUUUGUCAUCAAGUCUUGAGAGCGAGUGCGCAGUCAGCGUUCUGCUGGUGACGCGGUUCGUCCAUCAAACACCGAAUACAUGCUCUAUAGUUUCGAUGGGAAACUGUCUAACCGUAUUGGUAUUAUCGGACUCAUUUGUAGGGUUUGUGCUCUGUUAUGGGGUAUGGCCAGAAUCUUAGGGAAUCCGGAGCCCAAAGGGUUAAAAAAAAAAAAAUCGAGAGCGUGGUUGUUAAACCAAAGCAUAUGGUCAUGGUACCGCCCCCUAUUACGUACGUAAUAGUUUAUAAUGAAGCGAAAAUGGAACGCGCGACGUAGUUUGGCACUGAAUUGAUCUGCUGGAAUAUGAAGUACGUUAGCGGAUUACUCAAAGAGGAGAAGACCCACUGACUGCCUGUGGUACUGAACAGAGUGUAAUAGCAACACAGACCACAGAGCAUCUUUUCUUAGGUGGAGGUGUUGCCAUUGAAGACGUCAUUCGCUUUGUGGCCAAGGCUGUUGGAGCAGUCAUGCUGCACACGGUCACCAUCACCCUCGUCCUUGCCGCUGUGUGCACUUUAAGCAACAGCAGUUGUGAUCGCUGGACAUUUGCUGAAAACAGCAGUGAUGUUUGCUGUGAGAUAUGCUCAGAAGGACAUUACCUGGUGAAACAGUGUGGUCCGGAUCCACAAAAGCUUUGCGAUCCUUGUCCAACUAGAAAAUAUCUCAACAAAACCAACUCCUCCUGUGUCCCAUGCAGAACAUGCUCAGAUCCGCAGCAGGUGGUAAUGCAUCGGUGCACAACCAGCAGCGACACAGUGUGCGGCUGCGAGAAAGGACACCACUGUGCCAAUUCUGAGUGCUCCAAGUGCGCCCCCUGCGGGGAGGGGGAGGAACUCCUCCAGGAUGGAAGUUGUCACAAAUGCCCGUAUGGGAAAUUCAAAAAUGAGUCACUUUCAAGCUGUCGUCCUUGGAGUAAUAGCUGUCCUCAGCAGGGAUGCUGGAUCAUGGUCAAUGGCACUGCAGUCAGUGACAGCAUUUGUCUCGCCUGCCCCAAAGGGAUACAGUGUCACCCUGUACCACCAAAGAGUAUGAUGAUCAUCAUUAUAGUGGCGGUUGUUUUUUUCGGUCUGGGCCUACUGCCUUCCUGCUUUCUCAUUGGGAAGUUACACAUGUACAAGCAGGAAGAGAAACCACCAGGCUCAGAGAACGAACCACAGACCCUCAUAUUUCGGCUUGGCCAGCCAGAACAGGAGCAAGGAGGAAGCAUGGGCUCCGUCAGCUCUGACGACUCAGAGAAGAGUCUUCUGUCUGUGUGAGAAGAAGCUUCUGUCUUCAACAUAUGAGACUGGUAUGAGACUGAAAUUAGAAACUGUAAACUGGAUGGAGUUAAAUAAGAAAACUAUUGAAGAGGCAUGGGAAUAUUUUAAAAACACAUUGUUGCAAGUGCAAGAGGACUUCAUACCUGUUUCCACCAAAACUAAAUCUGUGGAACUGCAAACAAGGUGGUUUACUAUGGAAAUUAAGAAUAAAGUCAGGAGGAAAAGGGCUCUGUUUCACAAAUGGAAAAUAACUAAUGAUUUCAAAAUAAAGCAGGAGUAUUUAAGUCUACAGGUUGAGUUAAAAA